GCCCCCCACUCGCUUUCUCUCUCCUCCUUUCCACCUCUCUCUCUCUCUCUCUCUUUGCUCCCGGAGGAGAACCCCUUCCGCCACCAUGGAGUCCCUCCCCCAGCCGCCGCCUGCCCCGCUAGCCGCCGCCCCCCGCGCCGUCCCUCGCCGCCGCCGCUGCCGCGCCGCCGGUCCACCUCAACUACCCCGACUCCGUGGACUCGUCCCCGCGCUCACGCGCCGCCACCGACUCCUGGGAGGCUCCCUCGGCGGCGGCGGCGGCGACGGACCCGCUCCCUCCGAAGCUCCGGCUGAUGUGCAGCUACGGCGGCCACAUCGUCCCGCGCCCCCACGACAAGUCCCUCUGCUACAUCGGCGGCGACAGCCGCAUCGUCGUCCUCGACCGCAACGCCGCCACCCUCUCCUCCCUCUCCGCCCACCUCUCCAAAACCGUGCUCAACAACCGGCCCUUCACUCUCAAGUACCAGCUCCCCAGCGAGGACCUCGACUCCCUCAUCACUGUUUCCACCGACGAGGACCUCGAGAAUAUGAUCGAAGAGUACGACCGUACCAUGCUCAAUUCCUCCUCCGCCUCCAAGCCCUCCCGGUUGAGGCUCUUCCUCUUCCCUUCUAAGCCCGAUUCCUCACAGUCGAUUGGUCCGAUCCUCGAGUCUUCCACCAAAUCGGACGAUUGGUUCCUCAACGCCCUCAACAACGCCGGCGUGCUCAACAGGGGGUUCUCCGACUCGGCUCCGGUCAAUUGUCUUUUGAACUUGGACGAUGACGUGGGGAUUAAUAACGUCGAGACCAGCUCUCGGGAUGCGGAUGGUUCUUCUUCGCUCGGUAACGAGAAGAGCGUGAAGCAGGCGCAGGAUGUGCACUCUGUGCCCGAUUCGCCGAUGCUGGAGACGACAUCGUCGUUCGGAUCGACUUCGUCCUCACCAUCAAUUGCCAACUUGCCUUCAAUCCGUGUUCAGGUGGAGGAAAAUGUCAUCGGCGGAGGAGGAGUAGGAGGGGGGAUUAGGGUUAUGCAGGAUCAGAAAUUGGGGAUCGAGGAACAGUUUGCUCAGAUGGUUAUGGGCACUGGUAUCGUGCAGAAGCCAGAUGAUGGCUUUGUCAUGAUUUCCUCGCCACCCACGGUGCCAGCGGCGGCUGCGUUGACAGGCGUUCCUGUGGGCUCUGCGGCGGUUGCUCCUCCGGGAGAUUAUUCCAAUCGGGUGUUCUCCGAUGAUGAGAGAUCGGAUCACGGUGUUCCUUUAGGGUUUCGGAAAUUGCCUCUGGCUCAACAACAGCCUCAGCCUCCCCAGUCACAGCAAAAGCCCAGUGGAGUUCUUGAUUUGCCUUCCCCUGAUUCAGUUUCGAGUGAUGGUAGCUUGACAAACCCGCUAGCUCGUCCGAAACCUGUAAUAUUUCAAGACCAAGCUGUACAAAUGUCCUUGGGGAUUAACCGUGGACCGACCAAUGCAAUAGAUCCAAACAUUAAUAUGUCUGAGCAAAGCACUGGAGUCCAGCUUCAACAGCAUAUUCAGGAUGCUAGGUAUGUAUUGCAACCUCAGAUUGACCAACGACAACCACAACCACAGCCACAUCAACAUCCACAGCAGCAGUUCAUGCAAGCUGGCCCACACUACAUUCAGCACCCUCCCCAAGGCUCAAUGCCCGUUGCAGCCUACUACACUGUGUAUCCGUCCCAACAACAUCAGGUCCAACAUCAUCAGCUUGAUCAGCACUACCCAGUUUACUAUAUGCCUGUGAGCCAACCCCAAGCCUAUAACUUAUCAGCUCAGCAAACCAAUCCAAAUGAGGCUGCUACAGCAAAUCCUUCGAACCGCCCCCAAGCAACUCAAAACUCUGCCGUGAUUCCUCAGUCAGCAGCUUAUUCUAACCCCAUACGAAACCCUCCCGGUGUUAAAACCGAUUUGACUUCAGGUGUAUACAGAAUGGCUUCAGCAUCUGCUUCGCCUCUUGUUCAAGUACCUGCAGGGCAGCAUCAACAACCAUAUGUUGGUUACUCGCAGGUCCACCCAUCUCAGUCUGUUGCUCCCUCUUCCGGUGCUCCAGCGACUUAUGGUUAUGAAUAUGCGAAUCCAGCUACUGGGCAGAUCUACUAUACUCAGCACAUAGCACCUUCUCAGUAUCAAACCAUGACCACAGCGCUGCCCGAAGCAUCCGGUCAGCUUUCGGGAGAGAGCAUCAAGCAGCAGAUGAGGACAUCACAGCCGUUAUAAGAGUAGUUCAGAGAGAAGAAACAGUUUUGGAAGAAUGGGAUCGGUAUACCUUUUCAUUUUUAUUUUCUAGCGUCUGUCUGUCUUGUUACUGUGAUUGAUUUGUGGUAUGUAACUGUGGUGGGAAAAUAAGAACGUCAGCUCAAUACUUUUCUUUCGUGUGAAAUAUUGCCGUCAGUCAAGAAAUCAAAAGUGGUCUGAGUUAUCUGGAUGUAAAUGCUUGAACUUGCAGUCAUGCUGCUUCUCUCAAUUAUUCAGUUCUGAAUAUAAAUUUUCACAGUUGGCAAUGAUUCUA